AUGUCAUCAUCCGCGUGGGUCAUUUGUUUUAUCUCCAUCCGCUUUGAUCUGGACCUUGGCCCGCUUGUGGAGUGCGUUGCGCCCCCGGACGCACUGGACGACGAGGGGAAGAGGGCCAUCACGCGGAUGGCUUUUCCCGACUGCAACCCGAAGGGCAAUCACGACCUCAUAUUUUUUUUCCAGAUGAAGGACUGCACCACGGCAUCGGGGUGUCACCGUGCCGAGACUGUUGCUGCCCCAGGCAAAGAGAAAUCCGGCUCAACCAUUUACGGUGCGACGCACUACCGCCAGAAGAAGGACGUCUCUGUUCCACGGGGCUAUGUGCAGCAGGCUAUUGUUCUACUUUCACAGCUGCCCUACUUGGCUGUUCAUGAGCUUAUCCUGCGUGUCGUUGUACCACGGUUCUGCCAGUGUUGUUCCCUUUCUCCGGACAUUGAGAAGGUGCCUGUGUUAAGUGCACUCUCUCCACAGCCGACGACAUUCUUUGAGGUGGAUUCAUCAUUCAACCCCAGUCAGUAUUCCCAGAAGGAAGUGCUGGAGCGGGCUUUGGAGGAAAUUGAGGGGUGGCCAUCUCCUCACCCUCAUGUUCAAUAUAACCUGACGCUUCUUCAUCAACCCAUUACAUUUGUCACGCCGAAACGAUUUUUGUUUCCGACAAAUAUGGAGGGUACUAAUAAACGUCGAACCUUGAAUCGGUUAGAUGAGCGUGUUGCAUUCUUGGGUAGUAAACGCCAAUCGUCUAGUGUACAUGAUGUGAUUCCUCUUUACGCGCUUUUGAAUGAACACCUUCGACAUUUGACCCAGUUAUGGGAACUAAUAUUAUGCCAUGAAUCCUUGUUCAUAUGGAGCAACACCCCUUCUAUGGCGUCGGCAGCAGCCUUUGCCGUGGCAUCCCUGGUGCAACCUUUGAAUUUUAACGGCGUUCUACGUUCAUAUCUCACGGUUCAGGAUGAGUCCUUUUGUCGUUAUUCCCGUAUGGGCAAGGCAAUACCUUUUUCAGAAUUGGAAUGUAUUAUUGCGGCGGGUACGAACCCGUUUUUUCUCCGCGCCUUUGACGGCUGGCCGAAUCUUCUUACAGUCAUUGAUCGACAGGGCCUCAGCCCUGAAAGACCAGCAACUCCGAGUGAGUGUUGCGCCGCCAAUGUUUCUGAUGGCACGCCUUUUGUGUCUGCGCAUGGCCUUUCUUCAAUGCCGAAUAGUUUUUCGCGCAGGGACUCUGAUAGCGCAACCUCUUUGAAUGGCAAUGGGAUAGCGCCGACCAGCCCCCGUCUUUUUACAUACAGCAGUUUUUUUUUUGCUCUUGCUGCUGCAAAGAAAACGACGCCGCUUCAACCUGAUGUUGCCUCCGCUGGGCCAGGCGGAGACAGUCCUCUUUAUUCCCAGGAACCCUUCAACACCCUUAAGUCAUCUUUUCCUUUUUUGGUGGAUCACAAGGAGCAGACGUCAAUUCUUCUUCACCAGCUAGAGCAAGCGUCUCAUCUGAAUGCGGAAGCCCAAUUGGCCUCAUUGAGUGCACAUGUUUGGAACAGUUGUGGGAAAUUGGAGGAGACGUCUGUCGAUAGGACAGAUGCCACGGAACGCAGCGGAACAUCGAGCGGCACCCAACCGUUUUUUCAAUUUAGCAUAGCUGACGACAUUGUCAGGAAAUUUUUUGCCACAUUAACAAUGGAGUUCCUCAUGCCUCUUAGUGCCUGGUUUCAAAGCAUGGUAAGUACAUUGACUUUGUUUCACCUUUGUGACCCGGCGGUUAUGACUGCACUUACUCCGGAUUCUUUUUUGAACUUUCUCAAAGAUAACCGGGAGUCGGUUCCAUCGUUUCUCUCUCGACGUCCGCACAAGGCUUAUAGUGUUAUGUACAGGCGUUUUGCUAGGGGACCCUUGUUCAACGCCGUUGUGUGGCAGUUAAUAGACAAAAGGAUUCGACAGGGUUUAGAAAACAUGCGAGUGGAUGAGUGGGCUGCUGCACAUCCCACAGAAGUAGAACGGGUGGAAAUGUUUUUCAAACUUUACAAGCUUGUAGAGCGGGAAGCAGUACAGUCUAUUGAUCCGGAUGUGGUCUUUGUCACAAUGGCCAUAUCCAUCCUGGCAGAAAUGGUAGUGUACAUCCGUGAGCCCUUACGGGAUGAACUCCUGCUGAAGAUAAGAGAUCUAAGGAUCUGA